AUGCUCACAUAUGAAGAAAUUGUGAGGGUCAUUCAAAAUGACCAAACUGAAGAGGAGGACGUCGAUGGUGAAAUACCUGCUUCAAAAACUUCUGCUGCAAAAGCUGUUAAAGCUCUGAACACGGCCAUCCGUUGGACAAAAGACAACCUCAAGGGCAGCGAGGAGAUUUUAAUGCUGAAGCGUAUAAGAGAUAGAGCUUUAAUCAGCACGUCAAAACUGGCUCCCAAAUAA